AUGGCCGUCGUCUUUCUCACGAUGGUCUUGACAUUGGCACUGAUAGUCGAUUAUAUCAGUCCAUUAGAUGUCAAUGCCCUACCCUUCUACAUGCCAUAUAGUUACUUCUAUGAUGAUGAAGAUGAAGAUAUGAAUAAUAAUAAUAAUAAUAGUUCAACAUCAUCAACAUCAAUACCUCGAGAAAUACCUGCAGGCUUUAUACCUGAUUAUCUGGACUUUAGCUCAGACGAAAUUAGACAACAACAAAUCAACGCCUUCAUCUCGAGACUUGUUGGCGUAGGCAUGCUACUAGUCUUCUUCAUAUUCACCUUUACCAACUACUUUAAGCGUUUCUGGAAGUUAUACGCAUGUCUAAUAACAUUCUUAGCAACAUGUAUUACAUUGUUAUUCGUCUAUGAUAUACGAACGAUUCCUGGACGAAUGAUAUUGUUGUACGUGGCCAUAACGAUUGCCUCGGGCUUGACGUUUCUGCCUGCGGCCAUAUCAUCAGUGGCACUAUCUGUAUUCUACUUUAUCUAUUAUAUAAUAUCCUUUAACAUAUACUAUACUACCAUGCUACUACUAUCACUAUUCAUAUUCGUUUCAAUGUUCUUCCUUGUAUCAAUCGCGCAAUAUAGAGAGCAACUGAUACGAGACAAGUUUAGAACAUUGGAGAACUUGAAACUACAGAGGAUAAGAUCGGGAAAGGUUAUACAUCAGAUGUUGCCAACGGUGGUGGUUCAGAGACUGCGAUUAGAGUCAUCAAAGGAACAGACGUUGGAUUCAAUAGUGUCGACUGAAGCCAAGACACUGCCAUCAGUAUCGUAUGAAGCGCAUCAUGUGGAGAUAUCGAUUGGAAGUGGGUCAUCGUCGACGAUGACGCCCGAGGCAUCGCCCAGCAACUCUGCACCAUCAACACCUCAACUCUCACCACAGGUCACGCCUCAGUCAACACCGUCAAUGUCGCGCAAGGCUCCGAUCGACCCACAAUCACCAUCAUCACUCAACCCAGGACAUUACUCAGGCAAGUUGAUCGUCGACUCUUACGACCCGGUCACGGUUCUCUUUUGCGAGAUUGUCAACUUCACCGCGAUGCUCGAGAAGAUGCCCGCGCCACAGGUCAUCACGCUGCUCAAUGAGAUAUACAACUCGUUCGAUCGCCUUACCGAUGUGUACGGCGUCACCAAGGUGGAGCACAUUGGAAAUGUGUACAUGGUGGUGGGCGGCUGUCCUGAGCUGUGCACCGACCACGCCGUGCGAGUGGCUCACAUGAGUCUUGGCAUGCUGCAGAUCAUCCGUCGAUACGGUAUCGUCCAGGUCAAGAUUGGCAUGCACACGGGCCCGGUGGUUGGCGGCAUCAUUGGCAAGAAGAAGCUCAGCUGGCAUUUGUUUGGCGACACGAUCAAUACGGCCAGCCGCAUGGCAUCACACAGCUCAAUCGACAAGAUCCAGCUGAGCCAGCCCGUCCAACAGCUGCUCAAGUCACACUUCCUCUUUGAGGACCGCGGAAAGAUACAGGUCAAGGGCAAGGGAGUGAUGCGAACGUUCUAUCUCGUCAAGACCAAGGCGUUGGACAAGCGAUACACGACCAUCUUCUCACUUCAUCGCGACAACAAGCCGUACAUCCCGCCCAUCGACAUUUCUGAGGUGACCUCCCUCGAGAGCUCUCCGCCCCCACUCUCCAGCUCUCCAAUGGCACCGUCGGCACUAAACAUGGUCGAGCCACCCCUGUCCAGUCGUCAGCGUAAAGGAUCGAUCUUUGCGUCGGUCAUCCCGCCCAAGGUGCUCAACUUUAUUCAUUCACAACCGCAACAACCUGCAGCCAAUGCGACAGAUCCAAAUGCAGCUUCGUCAAGUGGAGGCGAUCACAAACGAUUGGAGAAAGGUCCCAGCACGUCAAACAUCCAUAACCUCUUGGUUGGUGGCCCCAACAAUGGCGCCGACAGCUUUGGCAAGAAGAAGAGCAUGGUCACAUUCCAGAACCUACCAAUCAUUGACCGCCGACCCAGCCGAGCACCCACCGUCGUCGCGAUGGACGACAUGGACCUUCAGGCCGAGCCAAAUGGCAGCGACAUGGUGGAGAUGUCCAGCUUUGACCUGGGCAAGGGAGUCAAGGGUUCCAACGUGAUCUACUCUGACUCUUCACUGUCCAACAUUGAGAACGAACUCAAGAAGAACUACACGAUCGACUAUCUGCGGCUGAAGUUCGUGUCACGCGAUGACCUUGUCGAGAAGCAAUUCCGUAUCGACUAUCAUAAGCUGGUGUACAAGCGAGUGCUACUGGCCAUGAUAUUCGCCACCGUAGUACUGGCCAUGGGUGCGAUUGGCGACUACUUCUUCAUGAAGGACUUUGACGAUUUGUCCUACGACCGAGUCACUGGUAUUAGAUUUGGUGUCUGUCUCUUUGGAUUGAUAUAUAUAUACGCAGCUUCAAAGUCAAUCAGACUUAGGAAAUACUUCCAAGUGAUUGGAUCAUUGUACUUUAUGAUGAUGGCAUCGAGUGUUAUUGGAUUGGCAAGCUUGCCAGCACAGACUUCUGCACCAUUGGAGACGUUGACAUUGUCCUCGAUAAUGAUGAUAUUCACAAUCUGUUACAAUUUUUCAGGCAUCCGAUUCUUUGCAGCCAACCUGGUGUUUGCCUUCUGCCUGUUCAUAUUCAACAUCAGUCUGCUGUGGAAGUCGACUGAUCGCCAGAUCAUGCUCAGCCACAACUUUUACCUGGUGACCGUGGUGCUUGUCAACAUCAGCACAGCCUACAUGGAGGAGUUGUUCCAACGCCAGAACUGGGUGCACGGCAAGCUGCUCGACAAGGACAGUCGCGAGACCGAGCAGCUCGUGUCAGAGAUUCUCCCGAUGUACGUAGUGUUGCAGAUGAAGUCUGGCCGUCAGCUGAUCGCCGACGAGUUUGAGCAAGUGACCAUCUUCUUGUCGGACAUUGUCGGCUUCACAGAGAUGGCCGCGCGCAUGACCCCGGGCCAGCUGGUCGAGACACUCAACGAGAUCUAUUCAACAUUCGAUGAGAUUGCUCAGAGGCAUGGCGUGCUCAAGGUGGCGACCAUUGGCGACGCCUAUCUCUGCGUGUGUGGCUGUCCAGAGAAGCGCAGCGAUCAUGCCGAGCGUGUAGCAGACAUGGCCAUCGAGAUGCUCGAGGCCAUCAAGAACAUACGCACCGUGGACAACAUACCAAUCAAGAUGCGUAUUGGCAUUCACACUGGUCCAGUAGUGGCUGGCGUCGUAGGAAUCAAGAUGAUCCACUAUCAACUGUGGGGCGAGAGCGUACAGAUUGCACAGCAAAUGGAGAGUUCGGGCAAGGCCGACAUGAUACACGUCAGUCACGAAACAUACGCAUUGCUCUAUGACAAGUAUGUGUUCCAGGAUCGCGGAGAGACAACGAUCAAGAAGCGAAAGAUGCAUACAUACUUCCUUGAGCGACCGAGGACUGAGGCGGAUGGACCUGCUCCAGAACUAGACCCAACGAUCACAAUCAACAAGGCAGGAUUUGGCGCGUCACUCACAAUACCAAGAGUGGUCGUGAUGAGUGGUGCUGAUGUCCAGACCAACUCGAGUGUCGGCAGUCAAGACGAUGACACGACCACAGUGGAUAUACCAAUCAAUACUUCGAUACCCUUGGCAAGCAGUUUCAAUGAAGAUGAUAACAACAACAACAACAGUAGCAGAAGCAACAAUCACAACAUUGAUGGCUUGUCAAUUAUCAAGGAGGAAGAUGAGGUAGAGGCAGACGAAGAGGACCGUCAUCGUGGAAACGAAGUAUUUUCCUUUGAUACACAAUAA